CUCAAUCUCGAGCAUCUCCCUUGGAUCACAUUCAUCUGCGUCUUCUCGAUCCUCUUUACUCGAAUCCUCUGAACAAAGAAUUCUCCCUUCGGGUUCCGCUCACCUCUUUCAUCGUUUUGGAGCUUCCGUGUUGGAAGUCAUCCUUGGCCUGUUUCGCAUCUUCUCUUUCACUUCAUCCAUAUCCCGUCAUCAACCAUGGAUCGACUUAAUCGCAUGCUGCAGGCUGCCCAGGGUAUGGGUAUGGGAAGUGCAGCUCCCGGUGGUGAUACCCCCAACCUGAUCGAUAACUCCGAGACUGUUCACAUCUCCUCGUUAGCUCUUCUGAAGAUGUUGCGACAUGGUCGGGCCGGUGUACCCAUGGAAGUCAUGGGUUUGAUGCUGGGAGAGUUUGUGGAUGAAUAUACAGUCAGAGUUACCGAUGUCUUUGCGAUGCCUCAGAGUGGUACCGGUGUCAGUGUCGAGGCUGUGGAUCCCGUCUUCCAGACUAAGAUGAUGGACAUGCUCCGGCAAACGGGACGACCGGAAACCGUCGUUGGAUGGUAUCACUCUCACCCCGGUUUUGGCUGCUGGCUUUCGUCCGUCGAUAUCAACACUCAGCAGUCCUUCGAGCAGCUGACGCCCCGUGCCGUCGCCGUCGUCGUCGAUCCCAUCCAAUCCGUCAAGGGUAAGGUCGUUAUCGAUGCCUUCCGUCUUAUCCAACCCCAGACCGUCGUCAUGGGCCAGGAGCCCCGGCAAACGACUUCGAACUUGGGUCACCUGAACAAGCCCUCGAUUCAGGCCCUUAUCCACGGAUUGAACAGACACUACUACAGCAUCGCCAUCAACUACCGCAAGACCGGACUGGAGGAGAACAUGUUGAUGAACCUGCACAAGCACGUCUGGACCGAAGCCUUGCAGAUGAAAGAUUUCCACGAGGAAGGCCAGCACAACGUCGACCGAAUGAAGCAGCUCGUCACCCUUGCCGAGGGCUACGAGAAGAGGGUUAAGGAAGAGACAGAACUCAGCAAGGAUCAGCUCAAGACGAGAUACGUCGGAAAGGUUGACCCGAAGAAACAUAUCGAAGAUGUCAGCCAGGAACUGAUCGAGGACAACAUCGUUGCGGUUUCGCGACAGAUGAUUGACAAGGACGCUUCGGUAGCCCGUCAAUCGAACGGAAAGGACUCCCAAAACGGCACUGGCAUGGAGGUGGACGAGGACCUAUAAAUGACUCGAGCAUGAUGAAGAGGAAACGAUUUGUAUACGUGUUUCUUAAUAUCAAUAAGGAUGGUUGAGAAUCUUGUUCGCUAGUAGUAAGGAGCAUUAGAAUGGAGAUAUCUCCGUAAAUGAAUGAUUCAAUGUACCAUUUC